GCACGUGACUUUAUUUACAGUUGGCUCAAGAUCUCGCGAAUAUGUAUGGUGCAGUUUUUCAUGUGACGACGAUAAGACGUGAAUUAGAAUUUUUCGAACAAUGUGGGAACUCUAGUCGUAGUUUAGUCUAUAAUGCCUUUGUUCAAGAAUUUGUUCUCAGCUAGAAACGAGUCUAAUAAAUACGCUGAUAAAAUUUUACCAGCGAAUAAAAGUAACGGAGCGAGUGAUAGGAAAUCUGUCUCUUUUCAAAAGGACCAAAUUAGGGUAUUAUUAUUUCGAGACUGUGAGCGCAGGGGUGAGCAGAAACUGUUAUUCGAUUCGAUAUCCGUUGAGAAAAUUCCUGUCAAGUUUCGAUGCGGAGGUUCAAAGAAUUCCGUCACAGAAAAAGACGAUAUCUACAUAGAAAUUGACGAUGAGUUUGUUUAUGAGUAUAAGAAGGUGGAGUGUGACGAUGUCGGCUUCCUGAAAGAAAUGGUAUUUGGUUCUGUGGCCAUGACUUACAGAGGACCUUCUUUCAAGAUUCAUGCUAUGAAUUCUCCUCGACGAAUCAUGUGUGCAAAGGUUUUUCCUGCCCCGGAGCACACUUCCUGCAAACAGAAUGAAAGGCACUCUGGUGAGACUUUGGGAAAUUCCAUGAGUAUUGAUGGUAAUAAUGACAAUGGGAGUUCAAGUAUGCUGACUGUCGUGUCCCAGUCGAACCUAAUGAAUUCGUAUGGGAACCGGCUUAGUCCAGAGAUGAGAAAAAAUUCCACCAGUUCCAGCACCGGCAGCAGUUGGGAUAUCGACAUUUCAGCUGCACCACCAGCUGGUGGUAGCUCGCAGUCGUUGGAAAGUAGCAGCUCAUCAGGUGUUGGCAGUUUAUCUAGUCUUCGACGAAGGUGGCUUCGAGCUAUCUCAACAUCAUUGAGCCGAUCCGAAUCUGAAGACUUGUUUGGACUACAAUACUGUCCACUUGACGGGUCACAUGAUAACUACGAUAGUCGGACUCGCCGGCACAGAACUAGAAUCGGUUUAGCAGUUUUAGUUGAACUGACGCAAGGUCAUGAACGGAGCAUGGAAGCUCGUCUGUUAGAACAUGGUGCUCUGCUCGAGGGGAUGUUAGACCGGUUACGGCGGUCAUGUCAUAGAGGUGGUCAAAACAAGGGCAAAGGACUGGUGGCGCGAAUGCAUCGAGCAUCGACACACUGUACAUUAUGGCUGCUGCGACUGUUUAUGAAUACAACAAAUUUGCCAACUCCGUUAUUGUGGCAUAAGGUUCUGCUGACUCCAAACACAGCCGGGGAAUUGAAAGUUCAUACGUUGCAGCACAGUCUUCAAUUGAUGGGCCGUUUGUUUGAUGAUGUUGAUACCAAGUCGACAAAUUUUUUCCUCAGCACCCUAGUCACUGCUGUGCUGACGCACCACUUAGGUUGGGUACACACCGUGUUAUCCUCUGGUGAUCGUCAAUUGGUAGAAACGUUGGCCAAGCGUUAUCCGUGCAAUCCACUCUGGGCCCAACUCUGCGAUUUGUAUGGGGCUCUGGGUACACCCCUAAGAGUUGCCCAUACGGUGAUCGUUGGUGAGACAGAUAAGACAGACUUAAUAAAUACAGUGUUGUCAUUUUUGUCCUACUUCAUACGCAGUGGGAAUAUUGAGCGGAGACGAGAGCGGAGAUGUUCACCUCAGCGAGAGCUGCAAGAGGCAGUUGUUUUAUUAAAAAAACUAGAAGCUAAGGGUUCUCUUUCGUGCAAAGCUAAGCGUGACUCUACGACCAACGAUACAAGUGCCGGUACAGAGUCAGUGUUUUCAUCUCGUCAAAUGAAUGCGGCUUCGUCUCUUCAACGGAAAACUUCUAAACGGCGAGUCGAUUUUUCCGCCGAUAAUUCUGCUAGCACGAAUGCCUGUCACAAUUUGUGUCUCAAUCAAAACUUGGAGGGAAAAGCAUUAAAGUUAAAAAGAAGUGAAACGAUGAUACAAAAUCUCGAUGCCCUUACCACGGACUCGGUUAAAACAUAUAACAACUAUUAUGUCAAGUACAAGUCAUUUGACGACGAUGAAUGUCAAAAAUUGAGUGCGUUUCCCCACUCUAGGGAAAAGGAUCAAAAUUCAAAUUCUGUGAAAAUAGUUGUAAGUGAAAGUCCACUUCUGGAACGAGAUAAGCGGCGAGAAUAUUUACAGCGCAGUACGCAGCUUCAAGAGUUGGAGAGUAAAAUGAGUAACAGAGAUUUAGAGGCUGCAUACGUUGACACCAAGCUUGAGUCAUUAAAAAGAUAUGAAGGGAACGACUUUGAUGCAAGUAAAUUGUGUUCAGAUGAUACCGAUGGCAUUGAGUCGUCUCUCACGAGUAUUAAUCAGGGAAAUUUUGGCAAAGAAGAGAACGUUCGUUUCGUACUUGGUGGCGAGGAAAAAUCUGUUGAGUCUAAGGUUGGUUUACAACAAAAAUGUUAUUGUCAAUGCGCAUUCUCCAGAGUGCCGAGUACCUCUGCGCAGCUCCCCGAAGAUGUACUCAGAAAAAUUAUUCAAAGAAACUUCCCCGAGUCGUCAAAAAGUAUAAAAAAUACCAGCAGCACUUCUACCAAAGAAAGGUCUAUGGGCCAUUGCCUGAAUUGUUUUGGUGCAAGCUUCGCACCCUCCCAUACCUACGAAGGCAAUAAUCUACUGCUCGAAACACCCACCAAUGCUACCGAGGUGCUUCGCACGUGUAACAGUGCAAGUUCCGUUGAUAAUCGUGGAGCUAAAAUAAAUCGGCGCAACAGUUUGGAGUAUUUAAUGGAGGCAAACGGGGUUGUCGAACUUCCUAUGCCAAGAUCAAAAAGAUUCGUUGUUAAAAGUGACGAGGAGCCUGAUCAACAAGCAGGACUGGCUGGUUCUUUAAAAUUCGGAGAAGUUCGUAGUAUAAGUGUUGUCAAGGACACCGAUCCCUGCAACACCGGUGGAUAUACCUGGGGUCUCGUAGUUCAGGGAUUGUCGAAAAGAAAAAAAAAGAAACGAAAGAAGAAAAUCGUCGACGAUGAACUCGAUGCAGAGAGUGAAGACGAGUGGCUGGGCUGUGUCAGGGAUGAAGUAGAGGCUGCUUUCCAUUCCCCUGUAGUCGAUCAGCCUAUUUCCGAAGCUCUGUGCAUCGUGGCCGACGUCGAUAGCUGGCAAGUCGGAGUUCUCUCCAACAACACGCCCACCCUGAAAGCUCCGCUUCCUGUUGGAAUGUCUCGACUUGUUGCUAACAUGCUUGAAGCGUUUGCCUACGUCUGGCGGAAAUAUCACUCGCCCAUUCACUGUGUCCGAGUCCUGGAGGGGAAGCUACGGGAGAUGUGGUUGCGGAGUGAAGCUCUGGCACAGAUGCUGAUCGGCGCUGAGCUGGAGGACGUCAGCGUAGACUCCCUAACGGAUGCUCUUGAUCUUGACGCAGCUGAUAUACCUGUACUUUUAGCAGUAGCCGCGACUCAUUCGCCAGUAGUUGCACGAAGAUUUGGGCUUAGCUUAGCCUAGUUGUAUGAUAAGGCACCGUCGUUCCUGGCGCCAUGUUGCGUCUUUAUAUUAUGCAUCUCUAUGCUAUCACCGCCCUUCCAUUUUUGCAUAAUAAUUCUGUACAUUUUAGAAAUAAUUCAAGAACCAAAUACUCGCAAGCCGAUAAUGUAAAAAAUAAUAAGAAAUGAAAAAUUUAAUAACUAAUAAUAACAUAAGCGCACCAUAUAAGUGAUAGGAAAAUAGUUAUAUAUUAGGUUUUUUUUUCUGAUUCGUAACGUAAUGUAUGAUACACUUAGG